AUGGCAAAAAGUCAUGAUGGCAUACGCAUCUUGCAAGGUCUAUUAGUCUUUGGGAAUGUGGUCAUUGGGAUGUGUGGCAUUGCCCUGACAGCAGAGUGCAUCUUCUUUGUGUCUCAUCCCCAUGAUCUCUACCCUCUGCUAGAAGCCACAGAAAAUGAUGACAUCUAUGCUGCUGCUUGGAUUGGCAUCUUUGUUGGCUUUGCACUCUUUGCUCUGUCUAUCCUUGGCAUUGUUGGAGUCAUUACGUCCAACAAGACCUUGCUGCUAGUGUAUAUUAUUCUGAUGCUGAUCACUUAUGCAUUUGAAAUGGCUUCUUGCAUCACGGCAGCGACUCACCGAGACUUCCUCACUCCGAAUCUCUUCCUGAAGCAAAUGCUGGAGAGGUAUCAGAAGUCAGAGACAGAAAAUAACAAUGACAAACAGAUGGCUGAAGGGGUCACAAAGACGUGGGAUGAACUCAUGCUUCAGAAGAAGUGCUGCGGGGUGCGGGGGCCCUCCGACUGGCAGGAGUACACGUCUGCCUUCCGCAUCACGCACAACGAUGCCGACUUCCCUUGGCCGCGCAAUUGCUGUGUCAUGAAUGCCAAUGGGUCUCCUGUCAACCUCGAUGGCUGCAAGCUUGGAGUCCCCGGCUACUAUAACAGCAAUGGUUGUUAUGAUGCUAUUUCUGGGCCAAUGAACACACAUGCCUGGGGUGUUGCCUGGUUUGGUUUUGCCAUCCUUUGCUGGACUUUCUGCGUCCUCCUUGGUACCAUGUUCUACUGGAGCAGAAUUGAAUACUGAAGGCCCAGUGUCCUCAGCGCUGUCCUGAAGCACCGUAUGAAACUGCGUUUGUUUGUCUCCUGCUUCAUUCUCCUUGUCCCAUGGAGGA